GACAGGCGAACGAGGGGGCGGGUGAGCUGAGACAGAUGGGGGACUUGGGGUUCUCCGCGACCAGGCAGGCAAUUGAGCGCAUGGAUCUGAGGGUAUGCGAGACGGCAGUUACGUCCUUCCAGUGGUAUAAUCUACUCAGAAAUGAGCUCAGGGUCAAAGAGUUGGAGGUGGAGCACCUGACUACUCAGCUUGUCGAGGAGAGGGCGAGGAGCCAGGCCAGAGAGGUUGAGUGGGAGAGGAGAUUUGGGGAGAUGGCGGCCGCUGUGGAUAGGCUCUCGGCGGCCUGGGAGGCUAGCGAGGCGGGGCGAGCCGGUGCCGAUGGCCAGGGCCGAGGGAUGCUGGCUUCGUCGAGUCAGGGAGUAGCAGUGGAGGUCCCUCGACAGGCCGAGCCAAUGAAGAAGGUGCCCGUGGACGCAGUUGAGGAGGAGGGUGGCGAGCAGGAGUCACUUAUGGCUAUGUCCACGGAGAGGAGAGGUUCGCGUUUGCAUGAGCUGGCGACAGCCAUGGGGAUAGGCACGCCACAGAAGGGGCCUUUGAGACUCGAUGCUCCAGAGCUUGCCCCGAGGUUGGGAGAGUUGAGGGCGGAGCUCGGCCCCUGGGCCACGGAGACGGACUCAGGAGGGCCUGACUAGCGGCAGCAGAGGCAGCAGGAGGUCAUGAAUGAGCCCACCACUA